AUGUCGUUAUCAGGAAUGGAAGAAUUUGAAACUGUUCUUAAAGAGAUUUCAACUUUACCAGCACCAGGUGUAUCUGGUACUCGUAUUAAAAGAUUGACUGAUAUUGCUGUCAAAGAAAUGAAUGCGGAAAACGAGCCAAAGUUAAUUUCUAUUUUGUAUUCUCAAUGUAAAGCAAAUUCAUCAACUAAUAAGUUGGGAACAUUAUAUGUUGUUGACUCCAUAGUCCGAAAAUUUAUCGAGGAAGCCAAUAAGAAAAAUGAAGCUUUAGUGCCUAGUGCGCCUGAAGGAACAUACGCAUCUGCUGUUUUCAAAAUAAAUGAACUAGUCGAAUCGUUAGUUGAUGAUGCGAUGGAAUUACUGAUUAAUCCUUCUAUAAACAUAAAAAUUGGCAAAUUGAUUGACAUUUGGGCUAGACUGGAAACUUUCUCGCCUGAAGUCAUUCAGAACAUUAGAAACAAACAUUUUAAAUCUACUACCCCACCUGGUUCGCCUCCAAAGGCAAGUAUUGCCCUAGUUAAACCAGAUGCAACAGAAGGUACAAAAGAGUCGAGCAGUAUUUUGCUGGCGUUGGCUUCUUUGGCAAAAGCCAGUGGGUCAAAUAAUGAAACACCACCUAGCUCCCAAUCCUCUUCAACCAACAACAACAGCAACAACAACAGCAACAACAACAACAACAACAACAGCAGCAACAGCAACAGCAACAGCAACGAAAGUGGAUCCAAUGCCACUAAUAUUUUGUCUCAGUUGUCUGCUCUUGGUGGUAAUAGUAGUAAUACUGGUAGUGCUUCUUCACAACCACCAAGUCAACAACAAUACUCUUCUUACCCUCAAGGUGGUGGGCAAGCAGGUAAUGAUGAUCUUCUUAAUAUGCUACAACAAAUGCAAGGUGGUGGUACACCUACAGGAGCUUCACCAGCGUCACCAGUUGUUGGUUCUAACGAAGCUAGAGGAGGUCCAACUGCUGAAUUUGAUAGAAGACGUGGUCGCGACAAUGAAUAUGGCUCUCAAUAUGGUAGAAGAAAUAGAUCAAGAUCACCUAAGCGUGGAUCAAACACUUGGGUGAGAUCACCUCCAAGUUCAUCGGUGCAAGCUCUUCAACAGAAUAUGCAAAAUUUGAGACAACAGAAGCAAGUAAAUCAUGGAUAUCCACAAAAUACAAAUGGACAAGUUGAUCAAGGGUUUGUUCCACCAAAUGCUAUGGGUGGUGAAUUAAAUUUACCGGGGACCCCACAUUAUCGUCCAAGAACAGUGCAAUUUGACUCCACUAUUCCACAAGGCACUGUAAAAGUGUUAUCUAGAACAUUAUUUUUAGGAGGUGUUCCAAGAAAUAUGGAUGAAAGGUCUUUAGCUCAAGUGUUACGACCAUACGCUGAAAUUCAAUCGGUUAUUUUGAACAGUGAGAAAAAACACGCUUUUGUUAAAGUCUAUUCUAGGAGAGAAGCCGAACAAGUUAUUACUUCGUUUAACAAAGAUGGUGCUUUGCCAUUGAGAACAAGAUGGGGAGUUGGUUUCGGACCAAGAGAUUGCUGUAAUUAUCAACACGGUAUAUCGAUUAUUCCAAUUCAAAGAUUAACUGAAGCUGAUAAAAACUGGAUUGUUCAUGCUCAAUGGGGUGGUACUGGGGGUCAGCCAAUACUGAGUGGUAUGGUUGUUGAUGAACCAGAUAUUGAAAUUGGCUCAGGGUUAUCAUCCAAGGCGAUGUCGAAAAAGAUGCCAACUAAUUCUGCUAGAAAUGGUCCUAAGUCAAAUAGACCGGGCGAACCAGAUGAAGAAUACGUGAAGACUACAUUGAUACCCCAAGGAGAUAUUCAAAUGACUCACGGUGCUCAACCUCAGUUUAAUACGUAUCUGCAAUCGUCAGUCAAUCCUUUGCAAGGGUUAUUUGGAAAUAAUCCACAACAACAACAACAACCACCACCACCACCACAACCACCACAACCACAACAACCUCCUAUGCAAUUUCCUGCAGGGUUCCCUCAAAUGCCUCCUCAACAACCUGGUCAGCCUGGUAUGAAUAAUAAUGAAGCAAUGGCAAUGCUUGCUGCAAUGAUGCAAACUAUGCAACAGCAACAACAGCAACAACACCCACCUCAAUAA